AUGAAGUCCCUCGCGCCCAUCGCAGCCCUACUGGGGAUUGCGUCUGCAGCUUUUGACCAGCCUCUCGGCCCGACUAUCACCGCUGAAGGUCCCGUGGCCAACUCCACCUACGACUAUGUCGUUGUCGGCUCCGGGCCUGGUGGUGCACCCCUCGCUGCUCGGCUAGCCUUGGCCAACUACAGCGUUCUGCUCAUUGACGCUGGCGAAGACCAUGGUCGAGACCCUCAGGUCGAGGUGCCGGCCUUGCAUGUCCUGUCCUCCGAGUAUAAGCCAAUUGCUUGGGACUACUUUGUCAACCAUUACGCGGACCCAGUCCAGGCGAAGAAGGAUAGCAAGAUGUCCUACCGAACAUCUGAUGGGGAUAUCUAUGUCGGCCUUGACCCACCUGAGGGCUCCGAGCAGCUGGGUAUCCUGUACCCACGUGUUGGAGCUCUCGGCGGUUGCUCGCAGCACAAUGCCCUGGUCACCAUCCUGCCGCAGAACAACGACUGGGAAUACAUCUCCCAGAUCACUGGUGACGAUACUUGGAGUGCUGACAACAUGCGCGAGUACUACAAGAAGCUGGAAAAGUGCCACUACCUCCCCGGUGCUCUGGACGCUGAGUCCCACGGGUACGAUGGAUGGCUCCAGACGCAGACGACACCUGCAAUUCUGAUUGUGGAAGACCUUAAGGUGCUUUCUCUCGUUCUCGCGGCAGCCACCACCAUGGGUAAAUCUAUUAUCGGCAAGGUCAUUAGCACCGUCACUGGUCUGUUGGAGAUCCUGGCUCUGGAUGUCAACACCGACUUGGCCACUCGGGACAAGUUCGAUGACAUCUACCAGAUCCCCCUCUCCAUGAAGGACCCUGAAUACUCGCGUUCCUCCCCGCGUGAUUUUGUCUACGACAUUGCCACCGCUACCAACGACGAUGGCUCCAAGAAGUACAAGCUCGACCUGGCCCUCAACACGCUCGUCACCAAGAUCAACUUUGAUCAGACUGGCGACAAGCCCAGAGCGAGCGGUGUGGACUACCUUUACGGAAAGAGCAUCUACCGUGCGGACCAACGUGCCAGCCGGACCGAAGACGGAGGCGUUCCCGGACAAGUCUUCGCCAGCAAGGAAGUCAUUGUCGCCGCCGGAGCCUUCAACACCCCUCAACUCCUCAAGCUGAGCGGUGUUGGCCCCGCGUCCGAGCUCGAGUCCUUUGACAUCCCUGUUGUGAAGGACCUCCCCGGCGUCGGCGGCAACAUGCAGGACCGGUACGAGAUCGGCAUCGUCGGCAAGGCUCCCAGCGAGUUCUCCUUGCUCAAGAAGUGUACUUUCCUGGACAUCAACGGCACCGAGGGCGGCGAGGACCCGUGCUACAGCCAGUGGGAGAGCGGAAUUAGCGGCCUGAAGGGUGGCUACACGACCAACGGCAUCGCGUUCGGUUACUUCAAGCACUCGAGCGUGGCGGAGAACGGCGACCCUGACCUGUUCCUGGGCGGUGUGCCCGCCUACUUCUCUGGCUACUUCCCCGGAUACGCGGAGCACGCCGUGUCUGACCUGAGCAUCUGGACCUGGUUGACACUGAAGGGCCAUAGCCGCAAUAACGCCGGCGUCGUCAACCUGACAAGCUCCAACCCCCGCGACACCCCCAACAUCACCUUCCACAGCCUGUUCGAGGGUGUCGGCGGCGAGGAGGACUUGCAGGCCGUCUACGAGGGCAUGCAGUACGGUAUCGAGGCCUUUGAGAACCUUGUCCCUCUGGAUGGCUCCUUCGAGCGCGUCUGGCCACCCCAGAACAUCUCGUCCGAGGAAGAUCUCAAGACCUUCGCCAAGGACGAGGCCUGGGGUCACCACGCUAGCUGCACUUGCCCCAUCGGCGCUGACGACGACGCGAAUGCCGUCCUGGACUCGAACUUCAAGGUUCGUGGCAUCGAUGGCCUGCGGGUUGUGGACGCUUCCAUCUUCCCUAAGAUCCCUGGUUUCUACAUUGUCCUGGCUAUCUACAUGGCUAGUGAGAAGGCCGCGGAUGUCAUCAUUGCGGAUGCUUUGGCGGCUGCGGCUUAA